AUGAGAGUCUCUCCGACUUUCCUGCUGCGAUCCAUCGUCUCGAAGCUGCACCCGCCCAGCCCCGCAACAGCACGGGAGUCGCAGCGCCUCUUACGAUCACUCGACGGUGCCUUCAGGAAACGUCUUGAUGAGGUGCACCCAGCACCAUCUCUCGAUGCCCACCGAGAGAGUGAUGCUCCGGCCGAUGGAAAUCACUCCGUGAACACGCACCUCGACGCUAUCCUACAGCACCCGCUACUACAAUCGAAAAACACCGCCGGUGCGCAGCCAGGGAGCUCGCGUGCCGUUACCUUGAUAGAUCGAAUACUGCGAGAGGGUGCGCUGGACAUGGACUCUUUGCGAAAGGCCGCCCAGAUCUACCUCUCCGACGCGCAGACGUUCAAGCGCAAUGAAAGAGAACAACUCGCACCCCGACUGGCUGCAUGGAUGGCUUCUGCAUCAGACGCGCAAAGAACAGAGUUCUUCACCACAUCAACCACAGUCGGCCCCGUCCUCCUCGUCAUGUCCCGAGACGGCGCCGACGAGACGGUCUGGGAGUGGCUCAAACAUCUACAUCGUUGCAAGGACGCCUCCUUCGUCGCGCACCAGCAGCACCUACGCACCUGGCUGGACGCCGAGGACGAAUUCGUCUCCUGCAUGAUCAGCAACGCCCUACGCAAGAAGCAAUUCACCGCUGCAGCGCAACAGUACGUCGCAGCGGCUGCCCACCGCGCCACGCUCCCGCAACCCGCCCCCAUGAUCGCCGCCUGGACCCGCAUCGCCUCACUCGUAGCCAUGAAGCGACGCCGCCACGGCAUCCCCAGCGCCCUAUUCUCCCGAGUCCUCGCGCACGCCCCUCCCCUCGACGCCAUGGCCAAGACCUACUACUCCUCAGGCUUCCUCGCGCUCUACCACCCAGACCGACCCAGCGUGCAGCCUCUCUACCACGACCUGCACAACGAAGCCUUCGUCGCCCACUGGUCCAAGUGGAAAUGGCGCCGGACCACCAAGAUCCAGCAGGCGCUGCUGACGGCCAUCCUGGACGCGGCUGACAUGGCUUCCUCCAGAGGGAAAACGGCGCAGGCCCGCUUCUUCCUAGACUUUGCGCAGACGCAUUUCCCGGACAUCGUCUCGAGGGCGGAGGCGGUGGCGAGUCCGGCUGCGAGGUUGGAUCAGGCGCGGGAGGAGCUCGAGAGCCAUCGGGGAUCGAUAGAUCAUGGACACUUGGAGUGGGCUGUUGGCUAA